AUGGAAAAGACCGGAGAGAAGACAGAAGAGCACUUGAGGCUCAGAUGCCUGGAAGAUCUGCUGUUUGAGUGGACAGUGACCGAGCUGCUGCACAGACAAAUUCUAUCCACAUUGCACGUGUAUUUGGAUGAAGCUUUCACCAGACCACCAUCUAUAGCUGCACACGAAGGUGCAAGUGUGGGAGAACUGUCCAGACUGAAGUCACCUACCCUCCUUCUCCACCCAAGGACAACCUCAACCACCAACACCAUGUGUGGCAGCUACUAUGGAAACUACUAUGGCGGCCGUGGCUAUGGCUGCUGUGGCUAUGGAGGCCUGGGCUGUGGCUACGGGGGCCUGGGCUGUGGCUAUGGCUCCUGCUAUGGCUGUGGCUUCCGCAGACUGGGCUGUGGCUAUGGCUGUGGCUAUGGCUAUGGCUCCCGCUCUCUCUGUGGCUGUGGCUAUGGCUGUGGCUCAGGCUAUGGCUCUGGCUUUGGCUACUACUAUUGA